GUAGCGUAUGUACUUUUCUUAAGUGUCGUUCCCUCUGCGCCUGAGUCCCUCCUUACUUUCCUGACUGGUCGGAUUCAUCUGACUUGUCUCAUUUCUCUCGCUCCCUGGAAGGAAACCACCCGCAUCCAUCCAUCCAUCCUUCCAUCCUUCCUUCAUCUCGUUGGCGCGGUUUCCGAUUGAUUGAUUGAUUGCUUGUCCAACAUGACCAUCUCCAACGUCAACAAAUCCGUCAACCUCUUUCCCGGCCCCAUGGUGCCCGCCCACGGCGGCGAGCCGGCCCCGGCCCCCGGCCUGACUUCCAGUGGGCGGAGUUUCCUGGCCGCGGCUGAAGCCGAGCCCAAAUACUCUUGCGAGUUCGGGAGCUCCAAAUAUUUUGCUCUGUGCGGUUUGGGCGGUAUCCUGUCCUGCGGCAUCACGCACACGGCCGUCACACCGCUGGAUUUAGUCAAGUGUCGAUUGCAGGUCAACAAGGAGAAGUACCAAAACUUGGGCAAGGGCUUCAAGCUCACGUAUGCCGAAGGGGGUGCGGGUGGUCUAUUCUUGGGCUGGGCCCCCACUGCUCUGGGUUACUCGGCCCAGGGACUGUGCAAGUUCGGCUUCUACGAAGUCUUCAAGAACUUGUACUCCAACAUGAUCGGGGAGGAGAACACCUACCUUUACCGCACCUCGCUCUACUUGGCCGCCUCGGCCUCGGCCGAGUUCUUCGCCGACAUUGCCCUCUCCCCCAUGGAGAGUGUGAAGGUGCGUAUUCAGACCAGCCAGGUGGGCACCUUCCCCACCACAUUGCGCGAAGCCGCCCCCAAAAUCAUGAAGGAGGAAGGCCUAAACGGCUUCUACAAGUCGCUAGCCCCGCUCUGGGGUCGCCAGAUUCCCUACACCAUGAUGAAGUUUGCCUGCUUCGAGCGCACCGUCGAGGCCCUCUACGAGCACGUGGUGCCCAAGCCCCGCGCCGAAUGCUCCAAGUCUGAGCAGUUGGUGGUCACCUUCGCCGCCGGUUACAUUGCCGGUGUGUUCUGCGCUAUUGUGUCCCAUCCGGCAGACACCAUCGUGUCCUACAUGAACAAGGCUCAAGGGUCGUCCAUGGGUGACGCGGCUCGCGCUUUGGGCUUCAGCGGGAUGUGGGGUGGCCUGGGGCCUAGGAUUAUCAUGAUCGGUACCCUCACCGCCCUCCAAUGGUUUAUCUACGAUGGUGUGAAAGUGGCUUUGGCCUUGCCCCGUCCCCCGCCCCCUCAGAUGCCCGAGUCCUUGAGGCUCAAGCUCGAAGCGGCCCAAAAAUAAUUUCGACCCAUUGGGCGGCGAGUGGGGAGUUGGG